AUGGGCCCCUGUACCGCCUCCUCAUGCUGCUGCCAGGCCCGUAAUCUGCCAUGGGCCCCCAUACCAACUCCUCAUGCUGCUGCCAGGCCCGUAAUCUGUCAUGGGCCCCUGUACCACCUCCUCAUGCUGCUGCCAUGUCCAGAGUGUGUCAUGGGUCCCUGUACGGCCUCCCAUUGCUGCUGUCUCCAUCGCCACACUCUGCCAUGUGCCACUUUCAGGUCUCCUCACACUGCUGGUGGUUUCCAUUUUUGUCAUAGGGUGCUGUAUGGCCUCUCAUUGCUGCUGCCUCCACCGCCACACUGUGGCUCCACACUCUGGUUUUGGCCCCGUGACUGGCCAAAUGAGUGAAGUGUGCGGUGAUUCUAAGAUCGACGGCACUCAUCUGCAUGUCAUACUGACUGUCAGUAUUAUUUCUCUUCCCCAGCAGACUCCAAGGGCAUUUAAAUUAAAGGUACAGUGUUCUGCAGUAAUAUAA